AUGUCCAUGGCACGUGGCCCACAUUAUUUGAUGCUUGGGGAAUUCUUUCAACUCAUUUGUAAAGCAACAGGAAAACCAAAACCGACACUGACGUGGAAAAAAUCGGGUAAAAAGUUCCCCAGCGACCAAAUGCCAGGGAGUAAUUUGAAAAUCCAAUCUUUAUCCUAUGAAGAUGGUGGCCAAUAUGAAUGCAUAGCCAACAACGGAAUUGGUACUCCGGCGUCGGCGUCCGUCGACAUCGAAGUCCAUUAUGAGCCGAAAGCUACGAUUGCAGAUGAUUUUAUUCACACGGGCCCUGGCCGGUCGUUAUCUGUCAUCUGUUCUGUUGAGAGCAGCCCUGAUGCAGUCGUUACGUGGACAUACGAAGGAAUGCCAAUCGAAGAUUUCCCAGCCAGAAUAUCUCAUAUAGUCACUGAACAAUUCCCAAAGACCCUCCACGAGUUGAGAAUCAAUCCAGUCACAGUGGAUGACUUGGGUCAAUACGAAUGCAUUGCCAGAAAUAAAUAUGGGGAGGAAAGCGACAGUUUCAAUCUUACAGCUGUUCCCCACAAAGUGACCAUUACUAGUAAAGAAAUCAGUUCUUACAGCCAAGCCUACAGGAUUAGACCGGAAACCAACGAGAGAGAAUCUACUUCCCACCUCUCUCUCCCUCUCUCUCUUUAUCUAUCUAUCUAUCUAUCUAUCUAUCUAUCUAUCUAUCUAUCUAUCUAUCUAUCUAUCUAUCUAUCUAUCUAUCUAUCUAUGUCUGUUCAUUAUCUAUCUAUCUAUCUAUGUCUAUUCAUUAUCUAUCUAUCUAUCUAUCUAUCUAUCUAUGUCUGUUCAUUAUCUAUCGAUCUAUCUAUCUAUCGAUCGAUCUCUCUAUCUAUGUCUGUUCAUCUAUCUAUCUAUCUAUCUAUCUAUCUAUCUAUCUAUCUAUCUAUCUAUCUAUCUAUGUCUAUUCAUUAUCUAUCUAUCUAUCUAUCUAUCUAUCUAUCUAUCUAUCUAUCUAUCUAUCUAUCUAUCUAUGUCUGUUCAUUAUCUAUCUAUCUAUCUAUGUCUAAUCAUUAUCUAUCUAUCUAUCUAUCUAUGUCUGUUCAUUAUCUAUCGAUCUAUCUAUCUAUCGAUCGAUCUCUCUAUCUAUGUCUGUUCAUCUAUCUAUCUAUCUAUCUAUCUAUCUAUCUAUCUAUCCAGCUAACUAGGUAUUUAUGUUUCUCUAUUUCUUUUUUCUCUUUCCCUCCCUCUUGUUUUAAGGCUGAUGUUCUACUCUCUUUUCACCUCUCUCUCUCUCUCUCUCUCUCUCUCUCUCUCUCUCUUCUCUUUCUAUAUUGGAUGGCACUUCAAUAUUCGGAAAAAUAUUUCACUAUUCCCUAA